GCGGGCAGGCAACAAGGCAGGACCGGGCAGCUCAGCGCCCGUCCCGGCGCCGCCCGCUCCUGGGGCGAGGAGAUCCCCCCCUCCCGGUCCCCUCCAUCCCUCCGGCCUCCCGGGGGUCUGGGGGAGAGAUGGGGCGAGGAGCGUCCCUCCGGGCUGCCCCGCUCUCCCCCCCCCGGGGGGGGCUGCCCGCGGACCUUUCACCCGAGCCGGUGUUUACAGCCGCGCACGGCUCCGUGCCCACGCCGCCGGGAUGCGGCCGAGCUUGUUCAUCCUGCUCUGCCCCUGGGGAAACUGAGGCACGGGUGGGUGGGGACGGCGGCGCUCCCCGGGGAAGGCCCGGCUGGGGGCCGCCCGCCUCCCCGCCAGCCCCCGGCACAGCUUGCCCAAACCGGAGCCACCAUGGGGGUCCCACAUACCUGCCCGAGUGGGUGUUCGUGGACCCCACGGGGAUUGGCUGCAGGGGAGCCAACCCCAGAGCCCCUGCCCUGCCUGGCUGCAGGCACAGGAGGUUUGGGGUCCCCCUGUCCCAGCACCCUGAGCUGUGGGGUGCUCCUGCCAUCCCCCCCCACUCUCCUCUCCCCACAGCGCUCCGACCCCCGCCUGCUCUCCCAGUUCUUCUUUGCUGAUGAGAAGGUGACACGGGUGGUGGCCGAGAUCAAUGGGCUGGAUGCUGAGCUGGACCCGCAGCAGUACCUGGUGCUCCUCAACCAGCUCCACCUCAGCCAGGCUCAGCUGCUGGCCAUCCUGGAGCGGAUCAUGGAGGAGUGCAUCCCCACGCAGCGCCACAGCCGCGACUACCUGGUCAAGUUCCCCGAGGAGCUCUUGGUGGACAACCUGGGGAACCACAUGCUGUUUGCCGCCGAGUGUCUCCUGGCUGGGACCUUCCUGGAGGUGGAGGAGGCGGACGGGGCGCAGCUGCGGCCCAAGGCCAGGAACCUGCUGUGCAGCCUGGAGCUGGUGCGGACGGUGCUGCGGGAGCAGAGCUUGAGCCAGCCCAGCUCCUACCCAGAGCCCGUCCGGACCGUGCUCGUCCAGUUUGACCGGCUCUUCGCAGAGUUCGAGCUGAGCUACGUGUCCUCGCUGGUGGCAGUGAAGUCUCCUGAGGAGAUCUACAGGCAGCAGGAGAUCAUUGUGCUCUUCUGCGAGACAGUGGAGAGAGCCCUGCGCCUGGGCUACCUGACCCAGGAGAUGAUUGAUGGCUAUGAACCGCUGCUGAUGUUCACCAUCCCUCGCCUGGCCAUUAUCAGUGGCCUCCUCAUCUACCCUGAGGGUCCCCUCAGCCUGGAGCAGAGCCCUGAGCAGAUGUCCCGAGUCUUCAGCCCCUUCUACAACCUCCUGAAGAAGAUCAGGGACCUGCUGCGGGUGCUGUCGGUGGAGGAGCUCUGCCUGCUGGAGAGGAGCCUGUGCACAGCCGAGUCGGAGGAUCCCUGCGGUCCAGCCACCCCCUCAGCUUGGGGGGCAGCCGUACCCAGAGCAGAUCCCCCUGCUUCCUGGGGUCUCCUGGAGGUCCCCUGCACCACCCCACCACCCUCCACCUGCACGGCACGGGUGGGACCCCCUGGCGUUGUGGAUGACCUGGGCACCAACCGGCGGUGGGGCCCCCAGCCCCCCAGGAGCAGCUCGGGGCUCGAUGCCUCCCCAGGUGCCCACUGCUGGGAGCUGCGCUCCCGCUACAGCAGCACCAAGGACAUGCUGCACACCCUCUUCGUCUGCAUCUCGGGGGUGGCCGAUCAGCUCCAGACCAACUUUGCCAGCGACCUGCGGAGCAUCUUGAAAACGGUCUUCAAGAUCGUCGCCUCGCAGACAGAGCCCUUGGAGGAGCCAAGUGCCAGCCAGGAAGAGGAUGGUGACCCGUGUGCGGCAGAUGCUCCUCGCCUGGCCGACUGUCCCCUGUGCUCCAGCCCCACAGAAGCUGCCGGGCUCCGGAGGACAGGUGCCCGCUGCCUGCCCGAGUGGGUUCCGGACAGCACCUGCAGCCAGUGCUCUGCCUGCCGCUCGCCCUUCACCCUGCUGCGCCGCCGGCACCACUGCCGCAGCUGCGGGAAGAUCUUCUGUGCCCGCUGCUCGCCCCACGCCGCGGCGCUGCCACAGUACGGCCAGGCCAAACCCGUGCGCGUCUGCACGCACUGCUACACCGCCCACCUCUCGCCCCACGGCGCCCGGAGCCACUGAGAGACACACCCCCAGUGCCACCGAGAGACCCCCGGUGCCAGAUUCUCAUCCCUAGGAGACUGCAGCCCCCUGGGACACACACACACACA